AUGGGCCGCGCCGCGCUCCUCCUCGUCGCCGCCUUCGUGGCCGCGGCCGCGGCCCCGGUCCCGGCCUCCGCGGCGCCGGCGGGCGUCUUCUCGGAGGUGCCGCCGGCGACGCCCUGCGCGGCGGCCAUCGUGUCGAUCGCGCCGUGCCUGGCGCACGUCGCGCUGGUGGCACCGCCCGCGCGGCCCGCGCCCGCGCCCACCGAGGCCUGCUGCGCGGCUUUCCUCCGCGGCGUCUCCCCGAGCGGCGGCGGGGAAGGAUGCUUCUGCCACCUGCUCCGCGACCCGCUCCUCCUGGGCUUCCCCGUCAACACUGCGAGGCUCGGCGCGCUCCUCCCCACCUGCGCCGCCGCCAACGCCUCCGCGGACGCCAUCGUCGAGGCCGCCACCCUCUUCGCCGACACGUGCCGAGACCUCAAGUCGCUGCCAGAGAUGCGUUUCCUACCUGACACAUCUCCUACGCCAACAAGUUCUCCAGCUGCCGUCCCAGGAUCAGUGCCCCUGACACCAGAGGCGCGCUCGACGUACGUGCCUGCGCCGCCACAGGACCGGUCUGCGUCAGAAACCUCCAGCCCCUGCCGGAUUUUCCUUCUUGUACUGUUAGCACUCGCAGCAGCAGCCGCAGCAGAUUUGAUCCAGCGGUAGUUCUGAUAUGUCCUUGGCCAGUUAGAGUUACUCACGCUCCUGACGAACUUUGUUCCUGUUUUGAGUGUUUCCUCUUGUCGGUCGGCUUUGGAUUCAAUCAGUGGUGUCAUGUGGUGUACAGAUGCAGAGGAUGAUCUCGAUUCGAUCAGUUGGUUUUGUGUGGUGUACAGAUGCAGGGGAUGAUCUCUGAAAGAUUUUGUCCUGAAUGGUGAAGUUUCUCUUUUGGUGUGCUCCAUGGUCUGCCAGGAUAAGUGUGCUGCUGCUGGCUAUGUCAUGCACCAUUGACAAUAUUUCGUAUGGUGUAAAUAGAAUAUGGUUUAUAUUAUCCCAUGCUUGUGUCUGUAGAUAUUCAUGUCACUAGAAGCCAAAGAAGAACAUUUCUGCAAUCAUACGGUCAUGAAGCACUGGCAGUCUAGCACUCACUCAAUGUACUACUCCGUAAUAUAGAGUCCAGUCACGCACAAGUCAAUUGGUUAAACAAACCCGUUGGUUUAACUUGUCAAAAUGUUAUCCAUGU